AUGGGCCCCGACCCCAACCCCGGCCCCUGGCCCUGGCCCCAAGGUGUGCCCUGGCCACGCGCUGACAGCCGCGUCUCGCUGGCAGGGGAGGCGCAGCACGGCACGAAGGAGCGGUACCAGCUCGGUUUGCUGCUGGGGUGUGGCGGCUUUGGCAGCGCCUGGGCGGUGACUCGGCUCUCGGACGGUGCCCCGGUGGCCAUCAAAAGGGUGCCAUGAAACCACGUCCAGCACUGGGGCAAGCUGCCCGACGGCACCAGUGCACCACUGGAGAUCAUGCUGCUGGACAAGGUGUCCACUGGCUUCCCUGGAGUUCUCCAGCUGCUGAAGUGUCUUGAGCUCCCCAACGACAUCCUGAUGGUGCUGGAAUACCCGGAGUGGUGUCAGGACCUCCGUCAUUUCAUUUGGUCACAGGGGUUCCUGUCAGAGGAGGUGGCACAGGAGCUGUUCUGCCAGGUGCUGGAGGCCGUGCAGCACUGCACCAGCUGUGGGGUCCUGCACAGGGACAUCAAACCGGAGAACAUCCUGCUUGACCUGGCCACCGGGCAGGCAAAAUUGAUUGACUUUGGCUGUGGCACCUACCUGCAGGACACAAUAUACACUCACUUUACAGCUUUUGCCAGCCACUGUGUCCAGGACUGGGGCUGGGGCAGCCAGCCUGACAAAAACACCCGUGGGAACACCGUCCUACAGCCCCCAGAAUGGACCCACUUUGGCUGGUACUAUGGCAAGCCAGCUACCCUCUGGUCCCUGGGCAUCCUGCUGCACCAGAUGGUCUGUGGGGAGCACCCUUUCAGGAGAGGCCAGAACAUCAGCUGGAACCAUCAGCUCUCGCUGCCACAACAGGUCUCUCAAGGUGACCUCGUGGCAAGGUCGUGGGACUUGGUGGCCCGCGGCCUUCCCGAGGCUUCUCUUUUGCAGGUGCACUCACGGCCGGACCGCGGGACUUGGUGA